AUGGCUGCGUUAACAUUUGUGGUUUUGUUCUCAUUUUCAUGGAUCUUUGUUCUGGCCAAAAUAGAGACACAGGAGCUGAAGGUGGAUCCAGGAGAGGACGCCACUCUGGAGUGUCGGGUUCGCAGUCGUUACAUGGAAUCAGAUCUACAUUGGAUGAGAACUAAGCCGUGGUUAGAUAGACCUCUCAUGUACUUCCGAGUAAAUAUGUCAUUUGAAAGAUUCCUGGAUCCAUCUUUUCGUGGUCGAGUGGAGCUGAAAGAUCCAGAGCUGAAGGACGGAAACUUUUCUGUGAUUCUGAAGAACGUCACCAUCAACGACGCUGGAACAUAUGAGUGUGAUUGGGCCGGGUGGCGCUGCUUCAAGUACAGAAUAGAUCCCUUCAGCAUCAUCAUUCUAUCAGUAACAGGUCAAACCGCUGGAAACAUCUCAGCUGGAGAAAACCAAGAUAAAGUAAUCAAGGACAGAGAAAAGAUGGAUGAAGGAAAAAAGUUCAGAGGAAACAAGGAUGUAAGAAAAGCAGAAGGAAACAGGAGUUUCCUUCAUAGCAGAGAACAUGUCGGACUAGUCGUUGAUGUGUUACUUGGCGCACUUCUUGUUGCUGUUGUUGUUGCUGCCUUUGUAGUUUUUCGUUUCAUAAUCUGUAGAAAAUAUAAAGUCCUCACAGAGAUUAAUUCAUACUGACCUGCUGCUCAUACAGAAACUGACCAUCUGCAGUCCAUCUAUUUCGCCCCUGAACGUUUGUGUCCUGCUGCUGUCACACAAAGAUGAAAAAGAAAAACACAAAGCAAACCGAACAACAAGUCACAGGCGAAUAUGUUGUAGUCCACAGGUGAGAAUAAAAACAUAUAAAUAACAUGUGAGAACCUCUAUUAAUAAAUGAAAAAAAUACAAUAUUUCUGCAUGACCACAGAGAGCAAGAAAGAAAUUGCAUCACUUUUAAGGUAACAGAUUCCUGCUUCUGAAAAUGAAAUACAUACAUUCACAUUUAGCUGACGCUUUUUAUCCAAAGCGACUUACAAUUGCUGUAUAUGUCAGAGGUCGCACGCCUCUGGUGCAACAUGGGGUACAUGUCUUGGUCAGGGACACAUUGGUGGAUGGGUCACAUUGGGGCACUGAACCUCUGUCUCUCACACUGCUGCAUGCAGUUUCCACCUUUGAUGUUAGCCGGUAUUCAUCAAGCUUCUCAAAGUGCCAUUUGAGUCUUAAGUGCUGAGAAUUCAUGAAAUUUACUCCUACUUUUAAACUUAAGAAUGAAAUAAAGUUAUCAAAUGCCAGUAGGGGCUUGUGAUGGCGCUGUGGAGACAGAGACAUGCGCAAAUCCUUCAGGAGGGGAAGAAUUUCUGAAUUAUUUGACGACACACAGGUAAUUAGGCGGGGUCAGACAGCGCAGGCAUAAAUUAUGUCGGCGAGUUGGUGAGGGACGUCAUCUCACCACUGACUUUACACAGUAAUGCAUUUUCAGUUAAACUGAAGGUGGUGAUGACACUUUGUUUCUUUGCAUCAGGACAAAUGCAGCAAUGCUGAUGAUUUUGGCCCGUCACAACCAUCAAAAGCACUUAUGCUACAGCUCCACACAUUGUCACGCGUUUCAUUGACUUCUCAACAACACCCCCCAGUAAUCCGACAGAAGCAAACACAGUUCAUGCAAAUAGCCGGCUUCACAUGAGUAGUUAUGGCACUCAUAUAAAGAUCAACUUUUUUAUCUUUCAUUUCCAAUGUGUAUAUCAUAAUGUAUUCUCUUGAAAAUUCUUAAUUGUUAAACGUGUGUUGAAUAUAAAUUCCUCUUAGGAAUUUCACCGUUCAAUGUGAAUUCAUCAGAGAAUAUUCUUAAAUAAGGAAAACUAUUCAGUGAUUGGUCCUUGGCUACAUCGUCAUCCAAAAUCCCAUUUGCGGCACAGCAAACUACGGGCCCAGAUCGUGAUACAUGCUGCAUUAUAUCAGACUGCGGUUUAUGUUUCUGUGUUCAGGUCAUAUUGUAGAUUUUGGGGGAUGGUUUCUGUUUGUUUCUGUUGUAAAGCUCUUUAUUGUUCUGCUUUCAGAAGCUGCUUUUUAAUGUCUCUUUGUUUUUAAUUCAGUCUCUGACAAUAAUGUAGACGGUGAAUGGUCUGUAUUUACUUGUAGUUACUGGAAUUCUUAA